UGUCCACCUUGUCCCUCACAUCUGUACUAUUUUAGUUUUUUUUUAGUAUCGUCUUGUAGAGAGACGAUGAGGCGCAGAGCGCGCGCCCCCCGGGAGGAGCCUCGAUGAGCGCCGCGCAACAGGCAACCGGGCUGCGAACCCGCUGACGGCUCAUCGGCUUUGCGGGAACUGUUGCGCGAACCCCCCCCGCAGCGAUGUCCCUGCUCUGCGUGAGAGUGAAGAAAGCCAAACUCCACGGGCCUCCAGACAAGUUCAACGCGUACGUGACCUUAAAGGUGCAGAAUGUGAAGAGCACCACCAUCACGGUCCGAGGGGACCAGCCAUGCUGGGAACAGGACUUCAUGUUCGAGAUCAAUCACCUGGAGUCGGGUCUGGUGGUGGAGCUGUGGAACAAAGGCCUGAUCUGGGACACUAUGAUCGGCACAGCGCUGAUACCUCUGGACUCCAUCGGACAGUCUGACGAGGAGGGGCCUGGAGACUGGACGUCGCUGGACUCCGAGGUGUUGAUGAGGGAGGAUGAAAUCUGUGGUACCUCCAACCCAACUCCACACCGAGUGCUGCUGGACACCCGCUUCGAGCUGCCCUUUGGAACAGCCCAUGCCAGGCAUGGCCAGGCCACCUGUUCCACCAGGACAAAGAAUGGAAGCUCCACGGAUGGGGGGGCCACGGAUGGGGGGCCCAAGAAUGGCAGGACCAAGAAUGGCAGGACCAAGAAUGGCAGGGCCAAGACAGCCAGGACCAACACAGCCAGGACCAAGACAGCAGGGCCCACAGAAGCCUCCUGA